UGGGAAUCAUGUAUCUAACAGUCCACUUUUGGUGAACGUCAAGCCACAAGAAAUGAAAACAACAGGACAGUUUAACAUGAAUAGCGCAAAUGUUAGAUCAAGAAGUUUGAGAGGUAUAGCAGUAAACAGAGAAAAUAGUAGGAUCGCUGUUUCAAAUGAUUCUUCUCACUGUGUCUAUGUGUUCACCACUGAUGGAGAUCUCUUAUUGAUGUAUGGUAGUCAAGGUAGUGCACAGGGACAGUUGAAUGGUCCUGAAGGUUUAGCAUUUCUGAAUGAUACAGAUUUAGUCAUAGCUAACUAUGGUAAUGAUAGAAUAUGUAUAGUGAACACUAUAACAGGGACAUUGGUAAAAACCUUUGGUAAGCAAGGUAACGGUGAUGGAGAGUUUCAUUAUCCAUAUGGAGUACACGUUGAUGACGAUGGUAACAUCAUUGUGUGUGAUAAUGGUAAUCACCGUGUCCAAGUUUUCACAAGAGACGGUGGCUAUCAAUAUCAGUUUGGUUUGACAACACAGGACACGUUUGAUCCAAUUGAUGUGAUAACACAUGAUGGACUGUUUUACGUCAGUGAUMWUWWUAAUCACGUUAUUCAGGUAUUUGAGAAGAAAGGYAAYGUACCGACUAGAAUAUCGACGAUUGGUGGUGAAGGCAGAGCUGAUGGUCAGCUGAAUAGACCAUSUGGCCUGGMUAUUGAUAAUGACCAUCAUCUACUGGUUUGUGAUCAAGGUAAUAACCGCGUACAAAAAUUCACAUUGGAUGGACGUUUUGUAGGAAAGACUUGUAACGUAACCAAGAAACCUAGAUAUAUAACUGUUUUAAAGGAUGGUCAGUUAUUAGUUAGUACGUAUAGUACUGGUGUCUGGUAUGAAAAGUAGAAUUGCCCAUUAUUUUCUGUAACAUACUUUGAUUGGUUUAACAAAUGGAUACCGCAGUGUUUGACAUGUCCUUAAAUAUAACCAUUUGGAGUUAUACAUUUUAUAAUAUUUUCAUUGUAUAUCUAGGAUAGUACGUGUACGCUGAUUGGUGGAAAACUUUGCUUUAUUUAGUGAACGGAGCACAGAGCUAAAAUUAGUAACUAUAAAACGAAUAAAACAACUUUUUCCGAGCUCUAUUCAGUAAUAAAGAAGUUAGGAAGCACCAUAAGCACUCAAGAAGUGUGAGAAGCACUCGCAAACUGCCCGUGAUUCUCCUUACACUUCUUUCAUGCUUACGUCACUUCCUGCGUAUUUUUUACUGAGCGGAGAACGGAAAAAGCUGUUUUAUUUGUUGAAUAUCUAUUUUUUACUUUUGAUUUCUUUUGUUUUGAUUUCGUUUCUUUCGCGUUCUUUAAUUCGUUUUUGUUCUAUUUUUAUUCGUUCUUCCUUUUAUUGAUAUCUUGUUCAUUUUUAUCGUUAUUGUAGUUUUGUAUUGGCCGUGAUAUCGUGUUAUUUCAGAUCUCAUUUUAUUUGUUGUUUUGAAAAUAUAUAUAAAAAAGAACUUUGUAGUAGUGAAUAGCCGAGCUUCGUGCUAUUUUUAUCUCCACGUGUAUAUAAUCUUUUACGCAUACUAUUAACCUUAAUUUGAAUAAAGACUUUUAUAGUUCAAA